AUGCCAGAGGAAGAAAAGAUGAAGCAUGAGAUUGAUUCACUGAAGCAGCAGUUGGAGCAUGAGAGAGAAGAAAGGAUUAGGAUUGAGGAGUCAGCUCAGUCUGAUCGAUCCAAGUUGAGAGAUCAGAUGGAGAAUUACGAGAAGAUGGUUGCAGACCUCAAGAGUGCGGUGGAGGAGAAGGAGAUGCGAGUGAAAAAGAUGGCGGAGGAGCUGAACGCGUCUCGGAUGAAGGAGCAGAAGUUUCAAGCCAAGUUCGACCUGAUCUGCUCCGUUCGCAAGCAGCAAGAUGAGGAUGCUGCGAACCUGCUGAUGAAGGUGGGGAAGCAGGGAGGACAGGAAGGGCGAGGGGGGAAGAAGUAG